UUCAACAUGGCGGGCAUUUGAUAAAUAAAGUGCUUCCAGGAUUAACUUCCUUUAAGAAGAAAGAAAGAAGUAUAAUUAGACUCUAAAAACACUCUGAUUUAAUAACUCGGCGGAUUUCUGCUUCAGCAAAAGAUGAACUGCGUUGUUACAGUCGAUAGACAGAGCCAUUCUUUCCUGUCCGGUUAUAUUCGUCAGCUGAUUUGCGAAUCUUUUGAAAAGCUUGAAGGUGCUGGAAUUAACGCAAUGAAAACGUCUGACUGUGGUUUUACAGCGGGUGGUUAUUUGCAAUGGGAAAAAAUUGGGACAGUUCUUGGGCAAGGUAUAGAGAGAACUGUCUUUGAUUGGAAAUAUACUUACAUUCUCCUGUUCAACCAUUUUAGUUAGUGCCUAAGGAUGAACUUAAUUAAGAAUUAUCCUAGAGCUCCACUCCUCUUUCCAUAUAAUUAAAAUCCCAGUUAAAUUUGAUCUCUAACUGAUCCCUGAUUUUGUUGAGCAAUUUUCUCUUAAGCGUAUUUUCGUGAUACUUUUUACCCGUUACACCCCAACACCAGUAUGCAUGUAUGUUCUCCAUACUGUUUUCUAUACUCAUCUUAGAGUUCUGAGAAGGAGAAUUUGGUUAGCAAUCAAGAGCUUCUUCAUUUGGUGAUCAUUUCCUAUAUUCUCCCAUCCUUAAUUAAUGCGGGAUUCGGGGGUUGAUAUUAUAAGGAGAAAUCAGAUGUUAGUCACUCCUAGAGGUCAGGGGUUAACCAAAUUCCCUAUGGCUAUUCCCUUUUCCCUUUUGCUUUUGUACUGAUCUGAAACUAACUAUUAUUCUCCUUUUAGAUAUAAUAAACGAUCAUGCCAACUGCGAUUAUCAUGAUGCUGUGACAAGGUUACAUCCAGUUUGUUGUGCUGUCCACCAUGAGCUUAUCAGUCUACAGCCACAUGAAUUUGAAACGCAAUACAUGCCUAGUCUUCUUUGGACUGGAUGUGAAAGGAGAUUUAUAGAGUGCUUUGCACUUCUCAAAUCUUCAAACACUGCUGAUUACAACUUGUGCCUGCUAUUGUUGACAUCUUCCUUGGAGCAUGCACUGGGUGAUGUGUAUUUGUCAUACUCUUGUGCUCCCCAGUGUCCAUCUCUACUUAAAGACUUGUUAGCAACACAAGAGCUGAAAGAAGUGUUUGGUGAAACAGUGAUAAGGCUUUUACACAUCUUAAUUGGCCCUCCCUCAAGCCUAAACCUUAGGAAUAUUUUGUGGCAUGGCUUUGCAGGACCUGGAGAAGUUCCUAUUCAGUAAGCAUGUUUUGAUUGAUGCAAAUUAUUGAAUUUUCCUCCUCAGAUAUUGCAUCUCUUGCAUUCUGACUGUUUCACACAAUUAAUGUCACCUACUAAUUUGUGAGAAUAUUUUUUUUUCAUACAUUUCUUUUUUAUAACUUGCAUUUCCACAGCCAGCCACAAUUUUCCUACUCUUCCAACCCUUACUUAUUGAGGAACACAAGUGUAUGUAUAUAAUGUGUCGCAAAGAUUAAAGGAGUAAAAUUUAUCCAAAUUUCUUUACCACAAGCGAUUUCCACUCAGAAAAAACUAUGACAGCAUCAGUAUGUGGGUGUAGUUACUAACAGGAAACUACCGGUAUUAUUGAAAGACUGACCAGAAAGGAAUUUCUCCCUACAAUAUCAAUACAAUUUCAAGCAAAAGGUCUUGAGAACUUAGAAAGAUAUCAAGUAGGGGAAAUUUUUCUGAUUUAAAACUACAUUCUUAGAGUUAAAAUUAUAAGAACUGUCCAGCAGACAGUGUAAAGAAAUUCAUGUUUAGAACAUGGGAGGUGGAGAUUAAUGUAUGGCACAGGCAAGUAAUAUUAAUUCAUUAGUUCAGUUUCUGUUCAUCUCUAGGUAUGCCUCACUGCUGCUGGUGAUUACUGCCUCACUGAAUGUCAAGUUAAAAGACCCUCCAUUUUGUUCAAGACAGAUUAAGAGGAGACCUUCAAUUGCCUUGUCAACUUGUGCUGACAAUAAACUUCACAGUAUUUUUCCUGCUUUAGAACCAUGUAACAUGACUGAGAUAUUCAAUUUACUUAAUUCAAGUUUCUUUAUCAUUCCAAAUAUGCUUCCAUUGUGGCUUACAGCACUUGAUUACUUUAAAGAGCAAAGGUAUUUCAGGAUCUUCUUCUACUUUUUUUCCUUAUUAUAAAUAUGCUCUUGCACUUUCUGAAACUUUACUGUCUUCAGCUUGAUGAAUCCUGGAAGCUUUCAUUUUAGGAUAUUAUUAGUUAUUCUUUAAUAAUUUUGCAAUAUGUAUUCUCCCUUUCAGAUUUGAUUUGUGUGUCAUGCUGUUGCUCCCUCAGUUAGAACAUGGUCUAAGGAGAGUAUUUGCUUCCAUAAAUAACUGUCCACACAGAGUUCUAACGGCAGAAUCAACAGUAUUGUAUACAACAUUUGAUGAGGUAAAUAUUCAGCACUAAAUUAAAGAUAUUGCCUUACUUGUGCUUGCUAGCUCAAGACAACCAUUUUACAAAUUCUAGAUUGACUGGAGGGAAGCAAAAAUUUAACCCUUUGCACCCUAAAAUCAUUAUGCAUAUUUUCCAUCUACAGUUAUCUAUAGAUUUCCUUAGAGACUGAUAAGGAGAAAUUUUUUGACAACCAAGAGCUUCUUUAGUAGGUUAUCAAUUCCUUUAUUCUCAUGACUUCAAUGUUUGAUUCAAGGCUGAAAUUGUAAGGAGAAAUUAGAUGGUAAUCACUCUCAGAGAAAUGUGGCCCUAAUGAGGCACAAAUGUCCCAACAAUUUUGUCCAAAAUUGUGGCUCAUUUUGUUUCCUUAUUUUCUUUACUUCAGAUUCUUGCACCAGUUUUACAAGAUGGCUCAGAAAACCUUUUGAGGCAGGAAUUAGGAGAUGCCCUCAUGGAAAUGUUGCUUGAUGUUCUUGUGCAUUCAGAGGGACCAAGAAUUAGAGACCACAUCAGCCAUGGUGAAGUGGAUCUGUGCGAGAUUUCACAGCAGUGGGCCAAUCACAUUCUGUGCAUUUGUAUAGCAUUUGCUGGAUCAUAUUUGAACUCAGAUACUGGCAAUUUCCCAAUUACCACGAGGAUCUGUGUAGCAACAAAAGUUUACAAGUCUCUUUUUCAUCCUAUAUCUCUCUUAGCAAAGGUUGUACACAAUCUUGCUUUGUCAUUACUGAAGCGGAAAGAUCUACCGAAACCAUCUGGUGAAGAAUGUGAGGAGUUGGAUUGUGAUAGGAACAAAAGUGCUGCUCAUUUUCCAAAUGUGUCAAGAGCCCUCCAAGCUGUUAUUAUGGUAUCAACCAUUUUUACUGGUGAAAGUUUAACCAAAGUCUUACCAUGCCAAUUUGAUUUGGAUAACAUUGACACUUUUUUCCCAAGAUGUUUGCAAAUCUUGGAUACUGCCUCAUUUCCUACUCUGUUCAGGUCCAAAGGAGAGCUAGAGAUAGCUAUGUUGUUACAUAGGAUUGUGCAACAUGGAACAGUAACAUUUGAGCAGGCAAGAUAAACUUCAACCUUGUUCCCAGGCGCACCCUUGUUCCCAAUUCCCAGAGCAAGAGAGAGAGUGAGACCCACAACAUGGGGGUGAUAAGAUGAUGGAGCCAGGGAAUGAGUUUUACAGCUCCAGUUAACUCUUUAAUUCCCAAGAUCUCAAUAGUAAUUCUCCUUACAGUCUGCCAUACAGUUAGAACUUGAAAUGUUAGUUUAGAGGAUUUGGUAUUGGAUCGACUUAUAAUCCCCUAAUUGGUAUUUUUCUUUAUUCUCAUCACCUAUCUGGUUGAUAUUGUAUUGAUAUUGUAAGGAGAAAUUCUGUCUUGGUCACUCAUGGGAGUUUUAAAGGUUAAUCAUUUUCCACACUGUUCUCUUUACAUUUCCUAUGGCACAGACAAAGGAGAAUUUUUUUGACAAUCAGGAGCUUCUUAAAUUGGUGAUCAUUUCCUCUAUUGUCUUGAGAUUUAAAUUUGAUUCAAGGGUGAUCACACUAAACGGAGAAAUUACAGGCCAGUCACCCUCAGGGGUUGAAGAGUUAAACAUUUGGGCCACCCUUAAGGGAGCAGCCCUACUCAAGGGACACGAAGUUUGUUCUUAGAUAAAAAGCGCUCCUACUUUUAUACCAUGUCCCGCAGAAGGUGCCUGUAUUAACUCACUCUUAUUUUAACCUUACCCUACCGGUUAGAACCACUAAAGUACGUGUGAACUGCAAAAAAAUAUCGAUCACGACCUUUUAAUCACCAAAUCACAUAUGUUGCAUGAAAAUAUGCGAUAACUGUACAAGCGGACGAUCCUUGCUUUACGGCAGGAAUACCUGCACCUCACAAACGCUGUGUAUUUUCUUGUCUCCAUCAGAUAUGUGAAGUAGCGGUCAUGAGAUACAAACAGUGGAAGAAUAGAGAGCUCCGACAGCGGCAGAGAGCAAAUUAUAAACGUCUGUGGAACCACCUGCCUUUCAUAUGUGCCGUUCUGCAGCUGAUGGUGCUGGUUGUUAUUGAAGAAUUGCAUCAGCUUCCAAGGAGCUCGGAAAAUAGGCAUAGGAGCACAUUCAUCAAGUACGCAGGCCGUAAUUUUUUUUUCUUUUUAAGGAAAGAUAAAGUGAUGUCAGAGCUUAAAGCAUAUUAUCAAAAAUGAACGUCGAAUUUGGUCUCCUUCCUGACCUGUAUACGUGUACUUGUAUGUGCCAAUUGUGUUUGUUUUCAUGCAUUUUCUCUUCCCAGGGAUACUUUUAUCAAUAUCAGUAUCUGGGAAACUGCCCACCUACCCCUCCCCUAACCCAACAACUUAGGGUUAAUGUUGGGUUAGGGGAGGGGUAGGUGGGCAGUUGCCCAGACACUGAUAUUGAUCCUACUUUUCUAAGCCAAAGUAAUGAAUUAAAAUAUUUAUUUUCUUUCGGUAGAUUCUUAAAGCGAUGUCUUCAAUGCAGUGAAAAUAUGGAGUCGUUAUCCAGUAAAUCUAAAAACAAAUGGGACGAAUGCUGUUCUGUAGGAGAAACUUUUGUGGAUUGUGUGCAUAGUUAUUAUACUGAACUUCGUCAUAAAUUGGAAUCAUGACGACCUUCGAAGCCUGCUUUACAGUAUAUUUAGCAUGUUCAUUCCAAACCUCGAUUAAGCACCACCUCGAAUAAACAUCUACCUUUAAGGUAGGAAAAGUUAAUAAGCGCCCAACCUCUAAUAGGCAGCCACCCCUACCCUAUCUCAAUAAAAAAGGAAAAAAACUGAAGUGCACCAGAGGAAUAUUGAUUAUCAUUUCUCUACUGGCUUACAAUCUCUAAAUUCGCUGUAUGGUUCAUCUUCGCGUUUGUUAUUAUCAAUUGUUUGUUGCUAAAUCAACUUACUACUUGUGAAAUUAUUGAAAAUUGUAUAUUUGCCCGGCCACAAAUAUGUGUCAACCGCGGAUGAGCACCCACUUCCAAAGUCCUAGAAACUAGAACACCCAAGGCGCUUAAUCGAAUGAUAACGAUACUUAUGAGACAUUGAAAAAGGGA